CUCCUGCCCACCUGCCUGCAGCACCCAGUACAGAGGGUCGUUCUCCUGCCCACCUGCCUGCAGCACCCAGUACAGAGGGUCGUUCUCCUGCCCACCUGCCUGCAGCACCCAGUACAGAGGGUCGUUCUCCUGCCCACCUGCCUGCAGACUCUUCUCCACACCUUGGUUUCCUCUGGAUCUUACUUUGUGAUAUAACUUCAUCCCCCUCAUCCUCAGCUCCGGACAAUGUUCUCUUUUGGAUAUUUGCUCUUUCUGUGUGGACUCAGCCAGGUUCUGUCUACCUACCCGAUCUGGUGGUCGUUGGCUGUCGGUCCUCAGUAUUCAUCCCUAGGAACGCAGCCCAUCCCAUGUGGCACCAUUCCAGGUCUUGUCGCCAAACAGAUGCGCUUCUGCCGGAAUUACAUGGAGAUAAUGCCCAGCGUGGCCGAAGGGGUCAAAAUCGGCAUCCAGGAAUGUCAGCAUCAGUUCCGGGGGAGGAGGUGGAAUUGUACCACAGUGAAUGACAACCUGGCAAUUUUCGGGCCGGUCCUGGAUAAAGCUACCAGGGAGUCGGCCUUCGUUCACGCCAUCGCCUCGGCUGGAGUAGCGUUUGCCGUUACCAGAGCCUGUGCCGAAGGAACCGCCACCAUCUGCGGAUGUGACAACCAUCACAAGGGUCCUCCGGGUGAAGGCUGGAAAUGGGGCGGCUGCAGUGAGGACAUGGACUUCGGAAGCAUGGUGUCUCGAGAAUUCGCAGACGCUCGAGAGAACAGACCAGAUGCUCGCUCGGCCAUGAACAGACACAACAACGAAGCAGGGAGAACAUCCAUCACCGACCACAGACACCUGAAGUGUAAGUGCCACGGACUGUCCGGGAGCUGUGAGGUGAAGACAUGUUGGUGGUCGCAACCAGAUUUUCGCAUGAUCGGAGAUUAUUUGAAGGACAAGUACGACAGCGCUUCGGAAAUGGUGGUGGAAAAGCAUCGUGAAUCCCGCGGGUGGGUCGAGACGCUUCGACCAAAAUACACUUUCUUCAAGCCACCGACUGAGCGGGAUCUGAUUUACUACGAGAACUCCCCAAAUUUUUGUGAGCCUAACCCCGAGACUGGAUCUUUCGGAACAAGAGACAGGAUAUGCAACGUCACCUCUCACGGGAUCGACGGGUGCGAUCUCUUAUGCUGUGGACGAGGACACAACACGAGGACUGAGAAGAGAAAAGAAAAGUGCCAUUGCAUCUUUCACUGGUGCUGCUACGUCAGCUGUCAGGAAUGCAUAAGGGUCUACGACGUCCACACGUGCAAAUAAGGACCAAUCAAUGAGACUCUUCCCAUAAACUGAAGACUGUGAUGUCCAGGCUUGGCUCAGUGAGUCCUUUCAAUAUGACAGAGACCUUUAACUGUUUGACUUAACGUCCUACAGCGUCUUGGACGUCCCAAGAUGCCCCGGAGAGUAGCCUUUCACUUUCACUUAGGUGAAAAUAUCUUGAAACUCGUUGUUGAUACACGAUGGCGAUGAGAACGUUCUAAUAUGUCACCACCGGGAACGGAAAAGUUCCAUUGUGUCGGUAUCUACUUUCAACUUAUAGUUACGGAGAAGAUUUAUCUCUGAUGGAGUCUAUGAAUUUAGGAACAUUCCAUUUGUUUUUCGUUAGCACAAACACUGCCUGUCUUCUGUACUUCAGAGAGAAGGACUUGGCUAAAAGUAGAUAAAGCCUAAUAUACAGCCAUGUUCUGCUAUAUCUGUAUCCCAUGAGUGGAGACUCGUCUGUCCAGGGCUCAAGUCCUGCAGGAACGUGUGGGAACGGAGUUCCUGCACUUUUUCCACAACAGGAACACCAUUCCUUUUAGCAGGAGUCUUGCACGACCAGCCAUUGAGUAAAAGAGUUCCCACACUUUCUUCUCCAGGACUUGAACCCUGUGUCUGUCUUAGACAGUCCCGUACAUCAAGUCUUCA